AUGCCUUCUCGCGCACUCGACCUCGCCGCACUUGGCCUCGCAGCCGAGGAAAACGACGAGACGGCCAUCCGGAGAGCCUUCCUGCGCAAGUCGAGGACCGCCCACCCGGACAAGGGCGGAACGAACGAGGAAUUCGUCGCUUUACGGGAUGCGUACGAGCGACUGCAGAAGAACGUCUACGCGGCUUCGGCGCUGCCGGCCCGCGCCAGCCAGAACAACCACGGCUGGCACGGCGCCAGCGCAGGCGCGUAUUACGGCGAUUACGAAGAUUACGACGAAUACUCGGAAGAAGGGGAGUCCCACUACGAAUGGUUCGAUGAGAACUGGUACAACGAGAAUUUCGAGGACAACGAGGAUGCAUUUUACAGCAAGUUUCACAAGAGAGAGAUGACCGAGGAGGAGAGACGGACGAGGAGGCAGGACUUCCUGAAGCGGAACAAGGACCCCUUAUGCCAGGACAGGAAGGCUAAGCCGGGUGAGCCGAAGUGCGACAGCUGUCGGUAUUACCGCGGCAUCAGGAGGGACCACGCGGACUUCCGGGGAGUCGACUUCAGUGCGUACUCGAGACAUCCCGAAGGCAGGAUCACCUGCUGGAUCUGCAAGCUCAAAUUCAGAACCGUGAUGACGAAGAUCAAGGCUGAGCAAAAGUCCUGGCAAGAUGCCGAGGGCAACAGGCUCGGCAAAGUCCUGGAAGGCAAGGCCGGACUUUUCAGAAUCCUCAGGGAAGACAACCGGACCUUCUGCCAACAGCCGAAGACUGAGUACGAAAAGGACACCCGUCUAAGCGAAUACUACUGGGUCGAGGACCUGCAGAAGAUCGCGCAGAAGCAGCCGGCGAUUCCGAGGUCGCCGAAGAAGAGGCGUGUGAGUGAGAAUGCCGUGCCAGGGACGCCAGCCAGGGAGCCUCGACGACAGCGAGUGAACGACGGAGGUUCUCCAAACUGAUGA